AUGUAUCGGUAUGACCCAUCAAGGCCAAACUUCGGGGAUAUCGUUAACAGCAGCCAGGACGAAUUUCAGAAGCAAUCAAAGAAACGGAGCCGGACCCCAGCGCACAAACUCAAACCAACCAUCUAUACCUUUUCACCCCUCAGAGAAAUGGUCAUCGACAUUCGUUCUUACCCCAGCGGCCCCUUUAACGCAUUCCCUUAUCCACAAACCCUGACAAAUAUCGCCCUUCAUAUCCGAUCAUCUGGGAGCCAGCACCUCAACCUUAGCAGGAUUCUGUCCCAGUGUUCGUUACUGGAAGUCCUUAUUGUCGAGGCACAGCACACCGACAGACUUUAUCUGUUGUGGGAUGAACCGACGGUGCCGCAGGGGAGUUUGGCUCUUCGAUCUCUUACCCUGAACCACGCCACCAUAGACCAUGACAGACUUGAAUACCUCCUGACUUCAUCACCGCAUUUGAAAGCGCUCAAGCUGAUUUCUAUGGCCAGCUCGAGACUCCACCUGCCAACACUGUUCCACCGCAUCAAAACCCUUCCCAUUGACCUCGAAACCUUUCAUAUCUCCAUCCAUGAGCUACCCUGGCCGCGGGGUGUUCAGCAACAAGUGUUUGAGUUAUAUCCAGUCACAUCAGAGUGGAACUUGUGGGCGGCUCACAUGUCACCCUCGCUAUUGAAGGAACUGGAAGUACAUACCCCUUCGCUGACGACACUGGAGCUUUAUUGGCGGCGGAAGGGUGGCCGUGUUAAUGACGAAAAGAGCCCAGACGAGAUUAUCAUGGCCUCAAGACUACUGUUCAAGUUCCUAUGCGAAUCUUCCCAUGCGGUGCACCUGAUGACUUUGAAGGCAGGAAUUUUUCAUCAGGACAUGGAUCUCUACCGCCGAGGACGAUACUCCAACCGAAACAAACAAGCCGUGGACGUACUCCCGCCGGCACUCCAGGGAUCUCCAACUUGCUCUGGGAUAUGGCGUUGCCGCGAUCUUCGCGUCCUACACAUCAACCUCCGAGACCCAAUAGCCUCGCUAAAGAGGCGGCAACAGAGUCGCAUCGUGUACGGAUACAUUUCCAAGGUCGUCCCACAUUUGGAAGAGCUCGAGAUAUUUUACCCUUAUUACAACACCCCUGAAGGAUCCUUCGUCUCCGGAUCUCAAAACAAUUACAGGAUACCGAUGGUUCUGGAGGGCGGGUUCUGCUUGCUGGGUCGACUGAGGCAUUUGCGGAGACUGAGCGUGAUUUCUGCUGAAGGGAAGACUACGGCAUCUUGUAAGAAAGUGGAUCUGAACUGGAUGGUGCCGGAAGGACGUGGUGACGAUUUCAAGGAGAAAAAACAACUGGAGGUUGAGUCUUGGCAACAACAACAGCUCGUGGAGGAGGAGGAAAGGUUUCGGGCGCAGGAUCAGGAGCAGAAGGAUGAUGCCCAUGUUACUGGAGACAACGGCGAUCCAUUGGAUAACGAGCUGCGGGACCAGUUUCGAAGCCUGGGGCUGCUACGCGAGGUUGCGGAGAUGAUCACAAAAAUCGACGCAGGAUCUUUGGUUCCAUUCCCGUCUCUGACAGGAUUGUCCUUUGAACAUCCCAUGUUACAAGCGCCCGAGAAGGUUGUGGCGAUGUUGGCGGAUGAUAAAGGGCAGAGUGGAGCAUAUGAGCCGGAUUCAUCUGCUAAUGAGUCCAAAGAAGAAACCCUGGACCUUGUGCAGCUACUCGAGCCGCUCAAGAGGAACUCGGUCAAUAUAACGAGUACUCUGUUGCCCUUCCGGAUCGACUGGAAAAAUACCGUCAAAAUCCGCUCAGCUGAAGUCGAGGAACGAUCUUAUGUCAUCGAUGAAGAGGCGGGUACAGAGUCGCAUUGUGUUUGGAUAUAUCACCAGGGUGGCUCCAUAUCUGAAGGAUCUGGAGAUUUACUUCCUUACUUCAUUGUCAACAGGGCACCCGAACAUAUCUACGCCGCCAAACUUUGCAUGCAGCUGGAGGGUGGAUUCUGUUUACUUGGCCGACUGAGAUACUUGCAGAGACUGAGGGUGUAUGCGGCGGGAGGAGGGAUUACAGGAUUAUGUCAGGAAAUGGAUCUGAACUGGAUUGUACCAUCUGGACGGAGCGACAAGUUCAAGGAAUUACGACAGCAGGAGAUUGCGUCUUGGCAGAGUCUACGACUUGUAGAGGAUCAGUGUGAUCAGGCGCAGCAGCAGCAGGAUGAUGGUGAUGGUUCUGGAGACAAAGACGGUUCAUUGGAUGCCGAGGUGCGGGAUCAGUUUCGGAACCUGGGACUGUUGAUGGAUGUCGAGGAGGCGAUCAACGAGAUCGACGGCGGUUCGUUGGUCCCGUUCCCGUCACUGACAGGGUUGUCUUUCGUAUACCCCAUUUUACAGAGGCCCGAAAAGGCGCUCAACCAGUUGUUCCCAAAGCCCAAGCUUGGGUUCGGCCUUUGCAAGAACAACAACAACGGAACCAUCAAGAACGACAACAACGGAGCUAUCACCAAGAACGAUAACAAAGAAACCAUCGCCGCUCUCACCAUCAUCGUCUUCACCAUUACUAAUACCCUCACUACCAACACAACCACUCUUACAGCCGACACCACAACCAUCACUUACUCGGCGCUCCAGCAGGUCAACACUGGAAACCCUUCACCCACCGCCAACAGAACCAUCGUCGCCUACUCACACCCAACGACCCAGCCGAUCAACAGCACUAUUCCUCGCAGUGUCGUCUGGGAUAGCUGCUCUCGGAGUCAGGCAAGGUUGGACACUGUCCCUUUGCGGCUGGUUGGGGCUGCUCGAUUCUUUUGUUACCUUGAGAAGGAGUCAGACCCGAACAUUCAUGACGCUGUGGCAAAGAUCUUUGCGCACUCACAGGAACAGUACCGGAAACAGGCGGAAAUGAAGGAGACUAGACGAGCGGUGGGUAGUGCAGCUGCGGACAGGAAAAGGGGGACACCAAAACUUACAACAAAGUCGACUACAGCAACAACUCUGCGCAGAUUCAGUCCCCUUCAGGAACUAUACUUCACAAUCGACAACAUUUCCGAACAAGCCAUCUACAAUACCUUUCCUUACCCCAGCACGUUGACCAAGUUUGUUCUCAAGGUUGAUUACUGGAAGUUCAAUCUUGUCAUUCCUUUCGCCGACAUUUUGCGGAGCUGUCCUCAUCUGGGACACUUUGAGGCGCAUGACACCCCGGACCUGAGUCUUUUGUGGACGCCUGAAGUUGCGGACUAUCACCAGCACCAGUAUCCUCUUGCACUUCGGACUUUUAUCCUCUACAACACCAAGAUCCCACAGGCGAGCUUGGAGACACUAUUAGCUGCUACACCCAAGCUGAAGGUUUUGAAGGUGAUUGGCAUGUCUUGGUACAACACGCCCUAUGACUGGACUCGACUCCUCGACCACCUUCUGUCGCUUCCGAUAUCCCUCGACGCCAUCCACCUCUCGUCUCUCACAGAACCCAUGUCAGAUGAUAUUUCUCACAGGAUCCUGGAUGCCUGCACCUCGGCUCUGUCGGAAUGGAAUCUCUUGGCGCACGACAUUUCAACACAGCUGCUGAAGGACCUGGAAAUAUACACUGACCGGUUGACGACCCUGGAGGUAUAUUCUCAACCUCCUUCAUGCCGACGUUCAGUCAGAGAUCACUGUUGCCAGUAUGACCUCAAGAAUGCCCCCGAAGUCCUCCACGUCUUCUUGACCUCGCCCGACAACGAGAACACACUGCUGCACCUCAAGACACUAAAGACUAUUGCCCGGCUGGAAGAUUUCGAUAUCCACCAUCGAGAAGGAUAUAUCCUGCCGGAGAAUCCGCACCGCGGGAUCCGUCCCCCGGAAAUAUGUGCACCCACAGGACCUCCGAAGGUAUGGAGAUGUCAAGGCCUUCGAACCCUUCAUGUCGAGAUUCAUGCACUUGGAGACUAUCAUCUGAAUAAUCCUGCCCAUAGCCGUAUCAUCUUUGGAUACAUCUCGCGUGUGUUCCCUCUACUGGAGGAACUCCAGGUCCAGAUACCUAGAGAAUGUAUCAUGCAGAGGGAGAGUAGGAGCUACUCGCCUAAGCUGUGCUUGCAGCUCGAAGGUGGGCUGUGUUUGCUUAGCCGGUUGAAGUAUUUGGAGAGACUGAGGCUGGUUUGGAACAGGACGUCGUCGUCGGGCAUCAAUUUUGAGGAGAGCGAUAUGAACUGGAUGGUGCCCUCGGGUCGCAAGAGAAAAUGUACGGAGAAGCGGAGGGAGAAAGUUAAGGCGUGGCCGUGGCAGUGGCAGCGGAUUCAGGAGGACGUAUCGGAGACACGUCGGUUACGGAGGGAACAGGGUCAGAGGAAGGGAGAAGAAGAGAGAGCAAUUUCUUCAGGCGGUAAUGGUGCUGCUGUCUCGCCGAAUACCGACGUGUUGCGUCAGCUCAGGGACCUAGGGCUCUUGAGUGAUGUCGAGGAGAUGAUCAAGGAGAUUGACGAGUCGAAAUCGUUCAUCCCUCUACCAUCUCUAGAGGGACUUUCUCUUGGCCACCAUCACUUUGCGCAGCCCGAGAGUGAGAUCAAGCGCUGCUGUCAUCUGCACACUAGCGCCGGUGCAUGGAAGCAGCUCCUGGGCUUCAAUGAACGCAUUAAGGAUAGUCUGAAAACAUGA